AUGCCUGCCAAACUUCGAUCUGGUAAGACAUGCAGGCCCUACUCCAAACAGUCGGAACCCAUUGCUCUCUACCAGCGUGUACUGCAUGAGCAGCACCAGUUCGCUGUAUGCUUGGCUUCUGCAGGAUCGCAAGGUGCUGCUGCAAGGCGGGCUCAUACUCCCAACCCUCCCUCUGACAGUCACGAAACGAUGGUUGUUAGGUCCAGUCGUAGAUGGUCCAAGGAGGAUCAAUAA